AUGGGUCUUUUUAAGAAAUCCGAUGGCGACGAUGACUCUAACCGCCGAGCACUCUUCGGCUCUCGAAAGAAGGACAAGAGCCCAUCGACCCCCUCCAACCCCUACGCCCAACCAAUCCCGGUAGAUCCUUACACAAAAGCCAAGAUUGGCGCGGGUGUUGCGCCCUUACCUGCCGACCACCCAGCCGCCAACGGUGGCCCCGCGUCGCAGAGCCCCCACUCCAUUCCCUCGGACAACAAGUACGCCGCCAACAGAUACGGAAAUCAAGGCGGCUACGGCAGUGAUCGUUUCGGCGGAUCAGGCGCAGGCGCCAGCUCAGCUAACGGUUCGGGCUCGGGCUCGCGAUAUGGAAACGGCGGCUACGGAGGUCUGGGCAGCAACGAUCCCAAUGACCCCGCGGCUGCAGACUCCGCUCGCAACGAGCUGUUCGGCAAUUCCAACCGGAGGUCGCCCGACAACUCGGGUGCUUCGCCACCACCGUACUCCGAGGGUCAAGGUGGUCAAGGACAAAGCAACUACGGUGGCGGCAGCAACGAAUACAGCAUGGCGACUUUCCAGGAUCGACAGCUGACAGCCGAAGAAGAGGAAGAAGAGGAAGUUCAGGCGACGAAGAACGAGAUGCGCUUCGUGAAGCAGGGUGAUGUUGCGUCAACACGGAACGCACUUCGAGCUGCCGCACAGGCUGAAGAAACAGGUCGCGCUACUCUGGCCCGACUCGGUGCGCAGGGCGAGUCUAUCCACGGAACGGAGAAGACUCUGGACAUGACGGCUAUCGAAGGUCGCAUCGCGGAGGAUAAGGCAAAGGAGCUCAAGACACUCAACAAGAGCAUGUUUGCCGUGCAUGUGGCGAACCCAUUCACAGCCUCGCGGCGUCGACGCGAGCGCGAUGAGAAGAUCCUUAGUACACACCGUGGUGAUCGUGAUACCCGCGACGGCACACGAGCCGAGGCACACCAGACCAACCAGCGCAUGGACCGGUACCAAUUCGAGGCGGAUAGCGAGGACGAGGCAUUGGAAGACGAAAUCGAGCAGAACUUGGAUUUGCUCAGUGGUGCCACUGGUCGGUUGAACGGUCUUGCCAAGGCCACCGGCAAGGAGCUGGACGAGCAGAACAGACAUCUGGAGCGUAUCAUGGGCAAGAGCGAUUACGUCGACGAUCAAAUUGCCAUGAACCGGGCCAAGCUGGACCGGAUCCGUUAG